AUGGGGGAGAAGCAGACUCCCCACCGACGAUAUCUCUCUCUCCCCCACUCCUCACCUCUCUCCCCCACUCCCCACCUCUCUCUCUCCCCAAUCUUCCCACCCCGCGCUGCCCGCACCACCACCACAUGCCGCUCCCUCCCAGCCCGCGGCUCCCCCUCCCUCCGUCCCACAACACCACAGCCUCGCUCCCGCACCCUCGCCUCACCAUCGGUCUGCAACCGCCGGCCUCCUCGCCGCCCCACCUCCGUCGGCCCACUCGCCGCCCUGACACCCGCGCUAGGUUCAUUCCGGGGACCAUGUUCUCGGUCGAGCCUGCAAGUGCCGUUUUCCAUGCUCGAAAUUCAGUUUAACAACUCAAUGAAGAUUUUUUAUGAGGAUUUUAGCUUGUUUACUCACUACAAUUUGAAGAAGCAGCAACCACCAUCUAUGGACGAGAAGGAUGACCCCACACCCAAGCCGGAUGACCUCGACCUCGACCAAGCAACAACAUCAGGCACCCUCUGGUUCCAUGGAUGGCAUCGAUGAGGAGGAUGAAGAUGUGUGGGACAUGACGAGCUCAACGACCUUGACCUCGAUGGUGACAUCAUCUAGACCCCGAGCACAAG